AUGGUUGGUGCCGGUACGCGCAACCAAACUCAUAAAAAAUCCAAGGUAGAAGGAGAGAGAGCUAACCACAAUAGCAAUUCUUCUUCUUCGGGGAGCUACUACCGGUGCACGACACAGAGAUGGCGGGUGAAGAAGAUGAUGGAGAGAUCAUUCGAGGACCCAUCUGUAGUCGUCACGACCGACGGGUUUGGAGGAGGACAGGUCUGUCCACAACGUCGAGUGCUCGGAGAAUCCAUCGUGGCGAGCAAAAAAAGAAUGGAAUGGGGGGAAGAGAUGAGUUGCGAAUCGGCCCUCAAGGGCAGGGCCCUAAUCGAGCUGACAAUAGCGAGGGAUGUACGAUUCAUGGGCGAUGGCGUGUUUGGAAGAGGGUUCGCCAGUGGUGGUGUGUCAGCAACAACGACAACCUGGAAACACGGAAAAGGUGAGGGUGGUUAA